AAAGUGCGCAAGAGCUGCCCAUAGACCAGAAAGGGUGAAAAACUACAAAUACAACAUCACUGGGCGCUUAAAAGAACUACAAACUCCCAUCGAGUUGCGCAGUAUGAAUUUCUAGCCCUUUAAAUGUACGUGCAAAAUGGCUGCGCAGGUCGACUUGGUCCGUAUUAAAGUAGAAACUAAGGUAAGGGACGGUCUUGAUAAAUUUGCCAAAGAAAAGAAGAAGAGGGAACAGUCACCGUCCGCGGAUAAACGCCAGCGUUCAUCCGAGGAGGCAAAGAAAGUAAAGCUCCAUCAUCAUCGGCACCACCAUGACCCACAACAUGUUCAACAGCAGCAGAAUGGCCAACCACAACCACGCAACUCCAGUGCCGAAAAACCUACCCUACAACGACACCAGCAUCAUCAUCAUCAUCACCACCACCACCAGCACAACAACACCAACGAUGCAAAGAAGGACUCCCACCUGCAGCCUCCUCUGCCUGCGCGGAAGGUGUUACCCGCAGCAGCCAAGUUGGACAGGACGAAAUCACUUCCCCCGGUUCUGCCGCAUGGACUGUUCAAUUUCACGCCCCUCAAAGUAGCCGAGCCCAAGGUCAAAAUACAGGAGAGCAAUGAAAAGCACAGGGAGAAAGAGCUCAAACUCAAACCUAAGAAGGAAAACACCGAGGCUAACGUAAAACAUGGAGUAGGCCUAUAUAAGAAAAAUAAAGAGCCCCAUCAUGAUGAGAACAGCAAGACUCAGUCGCUGGAGGAGUACCUGUUGAGGAGGAAGAAAAAGAAGCGGAGGCACCGGGAGGAUGAGCGUGGUAAGACGAUCCGCACGUACAACAAGGAGGUCCAGACCGUGUAUGGCGGUCUGACUGACCACAGUCCUUCAGCCCGCCUUGGCCCCGUGAAGGAGGGGAAACACUGCCAGCCUGGUACAGGUGCCAACAACAACCACCUCACUCCUAAAGAGGUACACAGCCACAACCACACCCACCUCCCCUUCCUCUCCCCCCAAGACCACUUCAUCCGCAGCUCGUCUCUGCAGACAGGCACCGUCUACGGACGCUUCAUCCAUGAGGAGCGCCAGGCCAACGGCGGGGCGUCGGUCCUGCACGCCUACGCUGAUGAGCUGUCCUCUCUACGGCCGGGGGAGAUGGAGCACUUCGCCCAGGAGUUCCUAGAGCUGGCCUUCGCUGAGAGACCCAGAGGGGCAGCCCGCUACGCCCUGGCUGUGGUGCACAGGGCUGCUGCCUACCUACCUGACUUCCUGGACUACUUUGCCUUCAACUUCCCCUCCACGCCGGUCAAGAUGGAGAUCCUGGGGAAGAAGGAUAUAGAGACCACUACUAUCGCUAACUUCCACUCUCAGGUGGGGCGGACCUACUGCUCGGGGACGUACCGGGCCGGUCCCAUGAGACAGAUCAGUCUGGUGGGAGCCAUGGCAGAGGAGGUGGGGGACUACUUCCCAGAGUUCUUGGACAUGCUGGAGGAGUCCCCCUUUCUGAAGAUGACCCUACCUUGGGGCAGUCUCUCCAGCCUGAAGCUGGACUGUCGUUCCCAGAGUGAUGAUGGGCCCAUCAUGUGGGUCCGGCCAGGUGAGCAGAUGGUGCCAACCGCUGACAUGCCCAAGUCACCCUUCAAACGACGCAGGUCCAUGAAUGAGAUUAAGAACCUUCACUACCUGCCCAGGACCAGUGAGCCCAGAGAGGUGCUGUUUGAGGACCGGACCAGGGCUCAUGCUGACCACGUGGGCCAGAGCUUCGACUGGCAGAGUACGGCAGCAGUGGGCGUGCUGAAGGCUGUGCAGUUUGGGGAAUGGAGUGCGCAUCCGAGGAUAACCAAAGAUGUGGUGUGUUUCCACGCAGAAGACUUUAACGAUGUGGUCCAGAGGCUGCAGCUGGAUCUGUACGAGCCCCCCGUGUCUCAGUGUGUCCAGUGGGUAGACGAUGCCAAGCUGAACCAGCUGAGGCGGGAGGGCAUCCACUACGUCCGCGUGCAGCUGUGUGACGACGACAUCUACUUCAUCCCCCGGAACGUUAUCCACCAGUUCAAGACUGUGUCGGCAGUCUGCAGCCUGGCCUGGCACAUCCGCCUCAGACAGUACCAUGACGAGAAGGCCUGCGGAGAACACGCCCUACACAAGCCCACCGACCAGAGCACAACAUCGGGUCAAUUCUUCUCAUCCUCCCCGGCCCAGCCAGAUGCCAAAGUGCCCCACUGUGCCGGUCUGCAGGCACAGAGAGACAAGACCCAGGGAGGGGUGACCAAGACUGAGGAACCAGUGUUUCAGAGGCCUACUACUCCACCUAGAGAGCCCCGGCCAGCCCGUCCUCAGUCUGCCAAGUCUGCACACCUGCCCCCUCCCUUCCUGGGCAUCAGCCCCUUGCCACAUGCUCCCUCUGGUUCUGGUUCUAACCCCUCCACCGUAGAGCCGAGGCUUCCACUGCCCCUGGUCUAGACUACAACUCCCCCCGACCCCACCAGGAUGUACAGCGUCACCGUCCCACUGACUUCUUCAAAUGACCUUCCUUCCCUUUACUCCUUUAACUAUCUUUACUAGCCUCUAAGGAAGAGCACUUUAUUUAAAGGAAUGUGACUGUGUGCACUUAUGACACUUUCUGAAAAUGUUAUUCUUGAACUUCUCUUUAAAUUAUUCAGAUUAUAAAGUAUUAUUUUUAUUUGUAAAUUCAGGAUCAGAGACGAGCUUAGAAAUGUUUUUUUUCUUAGCCAAAGUGUGAAAUGUACCGUAAUUGCUGGACUAUUAAGUGCACCUGAAUAUAAGCCGCACCCACUGAAUUUAAAAGAAAUAUGUAUUUUGUACAUAAAUAAGCCGCACGUGUCUAUAAGCCGCAGGUGCCUACCGGUACAUUGAAACAAAUGAACUUUACACAGCCUUUAAACGAAACACGGCUUGUAACAAAAAUAAAUAGGCUUUAACCUGUCUAGGACUGGCGGCACCCCCCCCCCCCCCACAUUCCACUGAAAAGGCAGAGCCGCGAAAUUCAAAAAAAAAAUUUUUUUUUAAUAUUUAACUUUCACACAUUAAAGUCCAAUACAGCUAAUGAAAGACACAGAUCGUGUGAAUCCAGCCAACAUGUCCGAUUUUUAAAAUGUUUUACAGGGAAGACACAAUAUGUAAAGAUAUAAAUCUAUUAGCUAAACUCAUUAGCAAAAGACACCAUCUUUUAUUUGUCCACCAACACCAGUAGCUAUCACCAAUUCGGCUAAACUAAGAUAUUGAUAGCCACUAACCAAGAAAAAAACUCAUCAGAUGACAGUCUGAUAACAUAUUUAUGGUAUAGGAUAGGUUUUGUUAGAAAAAUGUGCAUAUUUCAGGUAGAUGUCAUAGUUUACAAUUGCACCCACCGUCACAAAUGGACUAGAAUAAAUAUAUAGAGCAACGUGUUUACCCAAUUACUAAUCAUCAAACAUUUCGUAAAAAUACACAGCAUACACUAAUCGAAAGACACAGAUCCUGUGAAUACAGACAAUAUUUCAGAUUUUCUAAGUGUCUUACAUCUCGAAAACACAAUAAAUCGUUAUAUUAGCAUACCACAUAUGCAAACGUUACCAGAGCAUUGAUUCUAGCGAAAGAGAGUGAUAACGUAAACAUCGCCAAAAUAUAUUAAUUUUUUCACUAACCGUCUCAGAAUUCUUCAGAUGACACUCCUGUAACAUCACAUUACAACAUACAUAUACAGUUUGCUCGAAAAUGUGCAUAUUUAGCCACCAAAAUCAUGGUUAGACAAUGACAAAAGUUGCCCAGCUGGUCAGACAAUGUCGUGCGCCAUAUUAGACAGUGAUCUAGUCGUAGACAUAAAUACUCAUAAACGUGACUAAAAAAUAUAGGGUGGACAGCGAUUGAUAGACAAUUUAAUUCUUAAUACAAUCGCUGAUUUACAUUUUUUAAAUUAUCCUUACUUUUCAAUACAGUUUGCGCCAAGCGAAGCUACGUCAAACAAGAUGGCGUCCUAAGCGAUUAACAUUUCUCGACAGAAACACGAUUUAUCAUAAUAAAUUGUUCCUACUUUGAGCUGUUCUUCCAUCAGAAUCUUGGGCAAAGAAUCCUUUCUUGGGUCUAAUCGUCUUUUGGUCGAAAGCUGUCCUCUUGCCAUGUAUAAAUGCCCAUUGCGUUCGGCAUGAACUGGAACCGUGCCCAGAGAUUCACAGUGUCUCAGAAAUAAAUGUCCCAAAAUCGCACUAAACGGAAAUAAAUUGCUAUAAAACGGUUUAAAUUAACUACCUUAUGAUGUUUUUAACUCCUAUAACGAGUAGAAAUAUGACCGGAGAAAUAUAACUGGCUUCACUAGUGCUUGGAAAAAGUGCAGGUCGGUGUCCUCCGCGCGCCUGACGCAGCUGGAAAAGAGUUCCUACCUACACGUGUUUUUGUUUUAUAGUGGCUGUGAUUGGGCAAUCGAUACCAUUCAAAUCGUCAUCACGUAAAGGCAUCCAGGGGAAGACGUAAGCAGUGUCUGUAUACUCAUAGCAAUAACAGUGGCCUUUUAACUGACUCCAGAUCAGGGGCCAAAAUGUGUGAAAUCUGACUCCAUGUCAGGGAAAUUGCUGUAGAAUGAGUUCUGUUCCACUCAGAGACAAAAUUUCAACGGCUAUAGAAACUAGAGACUGUUUUCUAUCCAAUAAUAAUAAUAAUAUGCAUAUUGUACGAUCAAGAAUUUAGUAGGAAGCCGUUUCAAAAAUUACACGAUUUACAUAAAUAGUGACAACAGCACCCCCUAGCCUCAACAGGUUAACGAAACACGUCUUGUAACAAAAAUAAAUAGGCUUUAACGAAACACGUCUUGUAACAAAAAUAAAUAGGCUUUAACGAAACAGGCUUGUAACAUUUUUUUUUUUUAAAUAGCAGUAAACAGUAGCCUACCAAGAAAGUCCUUGGUCACCAUCUUCCUCCUGUGCACUGAAACCACUGAAGUCAUCUCCUUUGGUGUCGGAGUUGAAUAGCCUCAGAAUUGCUUCAUCCGAUGUUGGAUCGUUUUCAUUGUUGCUCUCCUCACUUUCAUCCGGAGGCAAAUUCCCCGCUGAGCUCAUGCUGCCCUCUUCAAUAAGCAGCAGCUCCACGCUGUCAGGACCCACUGGCAGACUUGACCAUAAGUUGCUCUUCGCAUGCGGCCCGUUUUAGUGAAGGAUUUCUCCCCACUUGUCAUCCAAGCCUCAUUUUCUAGUUCGGGCCACCUGCUUUUCUUUCCUCUGAAAGCUUUUGUUGUCUUUUUGCACUGAGUCAGUUUCUCACGCUGCUGUUUCCAACGUCUUAUCAUCGACUCAUUAAGGCCAAGCUCCCGUGCAGCAGCUCUAUUUCCUUUUCCAACAGCCAGAUCGAUCGCCUUCAAAUUGAAAGCUGCAUCAUAUGCAUUUCUCCGUGUCUUUGCCAUGAUGAGGGUGACAAAAUGACUACCGUAAUCAGAAUGAUGGAAAGUUUGAGCGCACUCGAUUUACGUCACAUUAUGUGACGGUGCUCAGUUUUUUGGCGGCAUGAAUUUGUGAAAGCGAGAAAAAUCCAUAAAUUAGUCGCGGCAUUGUAUAAAGCGCAAGGUUCAUAGCGUGGGAAAAAAGUAGCGGCUUAUAGUCCGGAAAUUACGGUACAUUUAGGAACAUUUGUCAGAAAAAGUGUGUUUAUUUGUUAGUUCCUGAAACUGAGGGCCCUCUGGGGAGUUUCCUAACUUGCUUCGAGAGUUAAAGGCAACUCUUUGCCAGUCGAGAGAGACUACCAAGGUGUACAGUAUAUCAUGUAUAUUGCCUAAUUGGUUUUUAGAUAAAAGUGCCUGCCACCCGAAGAACAGCAAUCAGUCUCAAAUACAUAUAUAUAUUUUUAUUCUUAGAGUAGCCUUCUUGAGACUUUCUGUGAUGGUGAAUGUAAAAGGGUAAAAAAACAUACAAAAAAACUGUUGAAAUUCACAUUUAAGAUUUUUUCCUAACUUGUUAAACUUAUUUUUGUCUGUGCUUCACAAAUGCAGAUUUGGCCUGCGUUUUUAUAUUGGAUUGUGGAUUAAUAUAAUUUUUUGAUGUGUACUGUGAAAGAAAAAAUCUACUGUUAACAAUGAAUGCAUGUUCUGGUGUUUGACACUGACGUUGAUACAGUACAAUAGAUUAUGUCCAAAAUAUUGUCCAACUUUCAGCCAUUUCUAUCAAUGUUAUUCCAUGUUUGAAUGUU